UAUAGCGGUAAACAAGCCAGCUGAUCAAAGUUCAACGGCCAUGAGUGGCAUCGCACAGCAAGCAGUUGAUGGAAAUACGAGUGGAUACUGGAAUCUAUCCUGCUCUCACACGGAUGAAGGCCCAAACCUGUGGUGGUCUGUAGAUCUGGAAAUAACCGCUUAUGUUACCAGCAUCAUCAUAACAAACCGAGGCGACUGCUGUGGCGAACGUCUGUCUGACUUCACACUGCACGUGCAGGAUGACGUUUCACAGUUACGUGACAGCGACACGGUGUGUAACGGAGCAGAAUCGUUUGGAGCUGCAGUUACGAGAGAGUUUGUCUGUCAACAGAAUGUGAUUGGUCGUUACGUCAACGUCACCAAGACAAGCACAUCGGCAUUGACGCUUUGCGAAGUAGACGUAUGUGGAACAGAAUCCCCAAUAGUGUCAUGUGGGGUGAAGGGUUUCCUCGCUGUUGCUGGGAGGUGCAUCAGAUUACACUACGAGGAAGCUGACUGGAAGACGGCGAACUCCACCUGCCAAUCAGAGGGAUCCAGCCUUGUGAAGAUCGAGACUAACUCCUCCAACAGAGCCAUCAAAACAUUUCUACAGACACACGAUAUUCUCAUGAGUCACAGUUAUUACAUAGGAGGGUGGUGGUCGAGCGAUGACGCCAGGUAUACCUGGGGGGAUGGCACACCGAUAGAGUUUACUGCUGGAUGGCAGACAGGACACCCACAAGAACCAGAGGACGGGAGAUGUGUGGUUCUGGACAACACUUCAAACAUGUCCUGGAAGGACAGCCCGUGUGGAAAUCUGCUGUGGUUUAUCUGUGAACUGAAAUAACAUGUGAUCGCUGACAUUUGAAAACCAUAAUAGAAUAAUAGCUAUUGGUUUACUUAUUAAUUAAAAUAACAUGUGGUUGUAACAUUUGAGAACUGGAAUCUAAUACUAGAUAUUGGUUUACUUAUUAAUUAAAAUAACAUGUGGUUGUAACAUUUGAGAACUGGAAUCUAAUACUAGAUAUUUGUUUACUUAUUGAUUAAAAUAACAUGUGGUUGUAACAUUUGAGAACUGGAAUCUAAUACUAGAUAUUGGUUUACUUAUUGAUUAAAAUAACAUGUGAUUGUAACAUUUGAGAACUGGAAUCUAAUACUAUAUAUUGGUUUACUUAUUAAUUAAAAUAACAUGUGGUUGGUGACAUUUGAGAACUGGAAUCUAAUACUAGAUAUUGCUUUACUUAUUAAUUAAAAUAACAUGUGGUUGGGACAUUUGAGAACUGGAAUCUAAUACUAUGUAUUGGAUUACUUAUUAAUUAAAAUAGCAUGUGGUUGUAACAUUUGAGAACUGGAAUCUAAUACUAGAUAUUGGUUUACUUAUUGAUUAAAAUAACAUGUGGUUGUAACAUUUGAGAACUGGAAUCUAAUACUAGAUAUUGGUUUACUUAUUGAUUAAAAUAACAUGUGGUUGUAACAUUUGAGAACUGGAAUCUAAUACUAGAUAUUGGUUUACUUAUUGAUUAAAAUAACAUGUGGUUGUAACAUUUGAGAACUGGAAUAUAAUACUAGAUAUUGGUUUACUUAUUGAUUAAAAUAACAUGUGGUUGUAACAUUUGAGAACUGGAAUAUAAUACUAGAUAUUGGUUUACUUAUUGAUUAAAAUAACAUGUGAUUGGUGACAUUUGAGAACCAGAAAACCAUAAUAGCUAUUGGUAUACUUAUUAAUUAAAAUAACAUGUGAUUGGCGACAUUUGAAAACCAGAAAACCAUAAUAGCUAUUGGUAUACUUAUUAAUUAAAAUAACGUAUGAUUGGUGACAUUUGAGAACUGGAAUCUAAUACUAACUAUUGGUUUACUUAUUAAUUACAAUAAGAUGUGAUUGUGUCAUUUGAGAACUGGACUCUAAUACUAUAUAUUGGUUUACUUAUUAAUGAAAAUAACAUGUGAUUGGUGACAUUUGAGAACUAAAAUCUAAUACUAGCUAUUAGUUUACUUAUUUAUUAAAAUAACUGGAAUCUAAUACUGCAUAAGCACGAACAUAAAUUGAAAUUGAAAUGAAAGGUUGGAUCGAUAGGUAGUAAUAAACUGGGAAAUUUACUUCGUGGAUGCCGAAUACCACAUAAUACAUUUGAGACGUUCUGAAUAGUCGUUAAGCAAUGUAUUAUUUCACUACUUCGUAAAGAAGAUUGUAGUCGUUAGAGGGACACUUAUGUAUACGGACUGAUAAAAAACCCUGUUCGCUCGGUGGCGAACGAAAACCUGUUUACAAUCAGAUGUGACCUCGUUUAAUGUAGCAGUGAUCUUCGCUGAUUCAUUCAUGACAACUUAUUUUAGGUCAUAUAUCCAAUUAAGGUUCAAGCACGAAGUCCUGAGCAUACACCUCAGCUAUCUGGGCUGUCUGUCCAAGACAGUGGGUUAGUUGUUAGUUGCUUAGUGGUUAGUGAGAGAGAAGAAGGUAUAGUGGCCUUAAGAACUCGCUCUGGGUGGGAGCCGGUACCGGGCUGCGAACCCUGUACCUACCAGCCUGUAGUCCGAUGGCUUAACCACUGCGCCACCAAUGUCGGUUCUUCACUGAUGCCUCGUUUACAGAUUUUCGCGAUUGCACGUUGGUAUUAUUAACUAUGGACAAUAACUCCUGUAGACUAUUGUCGAGUUUUGCACGCAUACGUUCCUCAUAUUCGUUACACCAUUUGACAUGGAUAAAAGAACACACUUGACCGCUGGGGUGGGUGUGGGUGUACUUUGUCAAAUUGAAUAUAUAGAGAAUAAUACAAGAGUGUCCGUUAGAUACCAUUUACAGAAUGUACCUCACAACGAGUUCUAAAAUGUAUCUAAUGAGUGAAAGCGAGUUUGAUACGUUUUUAAACAACGAGUUGUGAUAUAAAUGGUAUCUAACGAACACGAAUAUAUUAUUCUAUUUCUUACAUAUCCUCAAAGCCAGGUUUUAAGCAAAUGUCGACUUUCGACUAAAAGAUAUACCUUUGCACGUGUAGCUGACUUACGCGUCACAGACACACGACUGUCAGGUUAACUAUACGUCACACGGUAAUCUACGGAUUUCAUUCGUGUUGGUUUUCAUUGGAUAUAUGACACUGGUGACCUGGUCACCACCUAGGAGCAGCCAGUCUUGAAAUUGUUGACACACGUACGCGUGUAAACAUCGUAUGUGUUAUCAUAAAUCAUGAAGGUGUUCUCACCAACUGGUGUGUAAACAUCGUAUGUGUUAUCUUAAAUCAUGAAGGUGUUCUCACCAAAUGGUGUGUAAGAAAAUGCAUUUACGUUGUAUAUUAAAUAUACAAUUUAGAACUGGUGGCUAGACUUUUUAACUGCAGUAAUGUUAUCAUUCUGUUUUAUCUCUGUUGUAAGUAUAACUGUUUUUUGUUUUUAUUAGCAAUAUUUACCAUUGAAAUUCACCGAUGUGAGAAUACAAACGUUGCAAUACAGAUAGUAUUUCUUUUCUGUUUUUCUUCAUUUUGUAUGGUUUAUAAAUGUAAUAAUUAAAAAAAAAACCUGUUAUGGUUGCUGUCAGUCUAGGUUAUAGAAGAGGGAUUAAAUACGGGAAUCAAGAUAAUAAGUAUAAAUAAAUAAAUAAAUAAAUAAAUAAACUAAUAAUAAUAAUAAUUUAAAAAAUAUAUAAAAAAGAAACAAAACAGAAAAGACUUCACACACACACAUACACACACA